AUGGACGAGGAUGAUGUAUUGGACUUGGGCUGUCAGGUUCUGCCGUGGGUCAGCAGCCAAGUUAUUCUUAUAGGGCAACAGACGCGCGAUACCGCUUACGGUACGUUGGGAUGCGAGCUGUUUGUUUUAUCUCAGCAGAUCCCAGCUAUCAGUCAGACAGCCCCUGCGCGACAAAGAUUGUUGAAAAUAUUCGAGAUUAUCGAUAAAGCGUGCUCAACGUCGCGGAAUGUGGCAGGUCGCUUUCAGGCUCUGUGCAGAAUCCUAAUUUAUAAAGACUCAACGAGCAAUAUUAGACAGACUGUAAUCAGAGAGACCCAGGAAAGCCUGACGCAUUUUGUCCGACAUAGCCCGGAAUACAAUGCUCUCUUACAAUUGAUUUCGGACUGUUUCACGGUGGACGAGACGGAGCCGCUAUAUACGGAGGAAUAUCAGGACGAUAGCGACAUCGGAUACUCAGGGUACCUGAACCAAGUCCUCUACACUCAGUUACAAACCUAUGCUAAAUGUGGCUGCCCCACUGUUCACUUGGAAUCGACUCGACUGCGACUGAGUACUGACAAUCAAAUCGGUGACGAUGAUAUUUCCUUUGAGCUCGCCUUCAAGGCCAAGCCUUUUCCACCUACGAACACUUCAUCAUUCGUGCCGUGGAAGGCGUCGAUUGUGAAAGUCCCAAGACAGACUAAUGUCCAGAAGAACAAGAAGGUUGGGUUCGCAUCCACAUAUGGUAAUUUAUUAUCAUCGAAACGCAAUAGCUCGCUCUUAUCCCAGAGAUCGAGACGGCUAGAGCGGGGGGAAUUCUGCAAGUUGAUCGACAAUCGCCUUGGCAAGCCUGUUCAGUUUUGCAUUCAAUCAAACGUGCUGCAAGUGAUCGAAUCACCUGAUCCUAAGUCCUCCCAUGGCAUUCUUCCUAUCGAAGGACGUUCACUAGGGCAAUGGCUCGAACAAAUACCUCAUCUUUCGAACAAGGGAAAGUCUCAUCUAGCCUAUACCAUUGCCAAGUCCGUCUGGCAGUAUUACAGUUCAGCGUGGAUGAUGGCGCCCUGGACUCACGGGAGCAUUCAAUUGCUAACUGAGAAAACUGGCCUGGCAGGUCAUGGAAAGCCACAUCCAUAUCUGACAGCAAACAUGGCCCGAGCGGUGGUUACUUCUACGGACUGCUAUAAUGCCGAUAACCUCAUGCACCAAUAUCCAUACAUUCUAGCAUUAGGGGUUCUUCUUAUCGAAAUUGCCAUCAAGCAGCCCUUGACAAGUGAAGAAUGCCCUCACCCCUUCAGCGAAACUGCGGUUAACGACUACUAUACGUGGGCGUGGACAACGGCGCACAGAAGCAAUUUGAAGGACAUGGUGCAUUCUAUGUACGAGGAGGCUGUUAACAACUGUCUCAACCCUGAGCUAUUUGGUGGCGACUCCAUACAACAGUACGGGUAUACAGAGCAGAUAACGGCCCGACAGAACGUUUUAUACGAGAAAGUUGUUUCCCCAUUGAAGAGAUUGUUUGAAGCCUAUCAAGAUGACUGGGGUAUCCAGAGCGCUCCUACCGCGAAAACGCUCGACACAGUCGCUCACCAUGUUAUUCCAGAGACUUCAAUUGCCUCACAAUUCCCCCAUAAAGCAGAUUUCACGGUCGCAAUAUUCUGUGCUUUGCCGCUAGAGGCUAAUGCUGUCAGUGCUCUGUUUGAUGAAAGAUUUGAAGACUUCAGCCUGUAUGGGAAUUCACCGGGAGACUCGAACACGUACACACUCGGUCGAAUGGGUCGCCAUAACACCGCAUUGGUACAUCUUCCGGGUAUGGGAAAGAGUGUUGCGUCUCAAGCAUCCUCUUCAAUACGGUCAACCUAUCCGAACAUCAAGCUCGCCCUGGUGGUCGGAAUCUGUGGCGGCGUCCCAUAUAAGGAGGGGAACAAAGAAAUCCUCCUCGGAGAUAUAGUAGUCAGUGAUGGGAUUAUCCAGCAUGAUUUCGGGCGAAGGAUUCCUGGGGCAUUUCUGCCUAAAGCAUCGGUUGCCGAUGGGCUGGGGCGGCCCAACGUCAAUAUAAGAGGUUUCCUUUCGAAGUUAAAGACGACCAUAGAACAACAGCAUGUUUCGAACAAAAUGACGGAAUAUAUGGGAGCUAUAAAUGAAAAGCCUGGCAAUAACACUGCUCGAUAUCCGGGAGUUGAACAAGAUAAACUGUACGAGCCAAGCUAUCAGCAUAAACACCGUGGCAGCACUACUUGCAUCAGCUGCGCAGACUCGACCAAUACUACGGUAUGCGGCGAGGUGUUUGAUCUAUCGUGUCAUGAAUUGGGAUGCGGGGAAGAAAACCUUGUGAAACGGAUGCGGCUCCAGGCUGCACUUACACAGGGGGAUCCUCCUUCUCCGGCAAUUCACCUAGGGUUCAUUGCGUCGGGCGAUACUGUCAUGAAGUCUGGACAAGACAGAGACCUCAUCGCUGAGCGUCAUAAUGUGAUAGCGUUCGAAAUGGAGGGUGCAGGGGUCUGGGAGAGCCUGCCUUGUCUAGUGGUGAAGGGUGUUUGUGACUAUGCCGACAGCCAUAAGAAUAAAGCAGCUACGCCGGGCUACCCACGGACCCCGGUGCAACUUGACUCCUCACUCUCUGCAUCUUCGCUCAUCUCACUUCCUCCCACAUCCCAUCUCUCAUUUUCUUUAACCCAGAUCCAAGCAGACUCCAGCGCAAUGGUUCUCCGCCAGGAAAGAAAUCCACUCACUCCAGAAUUCGACGCUCUCGUCGACAAAUUGCUUGAAGAAUGGCACAUUCCAGGCCUGACCGUAUCGGUUGUGCACGGUUCCAGCACCUACGCAAAGGCCUACGGCUACGCCUCCUUUCCCUCCACACCCAUGACCACCACCUCUCUCUUCACAACCUGCAGCACAACCAAAGCCUUCACCGCCGCCGCAAUGUCUUUAGCGAUCGACGACAGCCAGUCCACUCCGCAACCAAUCUCCUGGUCUACGCCCGUCUCUUCCAUCAUCCGUGACGACUUUGUUCUUUCUACUCCUUCUGCCACCACCAACACUACAAUUGAAGACAUCUUAUCGCAUCGCAGUGGGCUCCCUGGCCACUUCUUUUCCAUCAACCUCGCUCAUCCGGAUGAGAAUUUGCGCACCGAGGUCCGCAGGCUUCGAUGGCUACCACUGGCCUUUCCGCCACGGACCACAUUCAACUACAACAAUCAUAUGUUCAUGGCUGCGACAUAUUUGUUGGAACACAUAAACGGGGAGAGCCUCGGAACGACACUCGUAAGAAGAAUCUGGGACCCACUUGACAUGAACGAUACAUACUUCUCCACUGCCGAUGUGCAAAAGCACGCGAACUUGGCAAGGAGACUAGUGAAGGGCUACACCUGGAAUCCAGACACACACACCUAUUACGAAGAGCAAUAUAUCAACUAUGCUCCGAUCACCGGAACUGGUUCAAUGGUUUCUAACGUGAUGGAUUACGCAAAGUGGCUGCGCGCUAUGCUUUACCAGGCACCGCCUAUCUCGAAAGAGGGGCACACAGCACUUCGUAUACCCAGGGCAGUCAUUGCUGAGUCUGAUUGGAAAAAUAUGCUCGCUCCGCCCGGUGCAUACCAUCUCUAUACCAUGGGGUGGUUUAUAGACUACUACCAUGGAGAACAAUUAUACUGGCACACGGGCAGCUGGGCUGGAUUUGGGAUAAUGGUUGGAUUUUUGCCUGCGAAGGGCUUUGCCUUUGCUAUGAUGGGGAAUACACAGAACGCGAGGAUUGCAGAGUUGGAUUUGUUCUUGUACCUCAUCGAUCAGCUGCUGGGGAAGAGCGGAGCCGAAAGAGAGACCCAUGUGAGGAAGCUAGGGGAGAAGCUUAAGGAGAUGGAACGGAUGUACAACGAGAGUGUCGAAAGUGUGGUAGCACGGUUGUAUCCGGACCUGAAAACGAGGCUACCACUUUCGUUGUCGCUGGGAGCAUAUACAGGGACAUAUGCGCAUCCUGGAUACGGAGUGAUUAAGGUGUGUGAGAAGAGUGGCAAGUUGGUUGUUGAUUUGAGAGACCGUGUGGGGAGCUGUUGUAUGCGGUUUGAGCAUGUCAGUGGAGAAUUCUUCGUCGUCAAGUCCUAUAAUCCUGAGGCCGAGGCUGUGGGACCAGACUAUACGAAGGCCGAGUUUUAUGUUGACGAGCAGGGAGUAGCGAAGAGCUUGGGGUUGGAUUUGGAGUCCGUUUUGGGGGAGAAGAUCUGGUUUAAAAGGAUGGCGUGA